UGGGAUCUCGCUCCUUGACCAUGGACUUCGACGAGUCAUCCCAAAAACUCAUCCCCCCAGAGUUCCUCGCCGUCGUCCUCGCCGGCUUCGGAAACGAGCUCCUCCCGCUCACCGGCAACUAUGGCGAAGAGCCCAGCCCAAAGGCUCUCCUGCCCAUCGCAAACAAACCUAUGCUCGAGUACCCGCUCGUAUGGAUCGAACAGUCGGGCAUCAAAGACGUGCUCCUCAUUUGCCCAACAUCGCAUCGUGCUGCGCUCUCGAAUUAUAUUCAAUCAGAUUCCUCCGCGUCCUUCCCUUCGCUCAACAUAGAUCUCCAGACAUUCGAGGAGUCACAGGACCUCAGUGGAGGGACGAGCACGAUCCUCAGACAUUUCGCCCAUCGCAUUCAGCAAGACUUCGUCCUUCUGCCUUGUGACUUCGUCCCGCCGCCUUCCCUAUCCCUCACCCAGAUCUUGAACAAGUUCAGAACUGAGUCUACAUAUGAUGGAGCCAUUGCGACAGCAUGCUUCUAUGAGGGUCGCAAACCGGACAAGGGUAGCAGCGCGGAUGAGUGGGGCCCUGCACCGGCACCGACACCGAUCGUGUGGGACGAGCGCUCAGAAACGCUCUUGCACAUCGACACCCCCGACGACGCAGACAGAAAUGGUGAAGGACUGGAGUUGCGGAUGAGUUUGCUUUCCAAGUACCCUCGGGUGAAGCUGUCGGCUACCCUCCUGGACUCUCAUGUGUACGCAUGUCGGCGUCAAGUGCUGGACGCACUGCUGGAGAAGACCAGCUUCGACUCAAUACGAGAGGAGUUCAUCCCUUGGUUGUGCAAGCCACAGUACCAACGCACGAAGCUUGAGAAGUAUGGCAGAGUGCUCAAUCCCGUCACCAACGCACUGACGCAGGAGCUCGCGCUCAAGCAUUCGACGCUCCACAGCAAGGCCCCAGUACACCUCGCGCACGAAGAAGCGUUCCUCCACAGCCCACCCUCAGACGACCAAACCCAAGAGCACACCAAGGCCUUGCUUCUAGACGAGGACGACGAAGAAGCACGGAUACCAGCUAGUCUCCGAAUGGGUCUAGUCAUCCAUCGUGCUCAAGCGGGCUACGCUGCGCGUGCAAACAACCUCCACGCCUAUCUCGGUCUCAAUCGCCAUUUUCUGUCGCAGCAGACAUACGCACUGCCCAGCGACUCUGAGAGUCGGUCCAAGAUCGACCCGAAGUCGACAAUCUCUCCCGACUCGAUUGUCGGGCAUUCCACCCGCGUCGAGGAGCGGACGAGCAUCAAGAAGUCCGUCGUCGGCAAGCACUGCGUUAUUGGCAAGAUGGUGAAGAUCGCUGGAUGCGUCAUCCAGGAUCACUGUGUCAUCGCCGAUGGUGCCAAGCUCGACGGCUGCAUACUUGGAAAGGGCACGAAAGUCGGCGAAAAGGCUGAGCUGUCGAGAUGCGUCACUCAGUGCGGAUACGAGGUCGGCGCGGGUGAAACCGUGCGGAAUGAGAAACUCGACAUCUCUGACUGGACGGCGGCGCCUGAGUCCAGCGAGGACGACAACCAAUCUGAGGAAGAGGGCUCGUCCGAGGAGAGCGAUGAUUGAGAGCUGGACGCUGAGUGGUCAAUCUCGUA